AUGGAACCACUAUUGUUGUUACUACUGGUCUUGCUACCAGUCAUCGUGCUCGCACGAUAUGCCUUCACCUACGGCCACCGGAUCAGCACUAUGCCCCACGGUCCAUCUACUCUGCCUUUCAUCGGAAAUAUUCACCAGAUUCCCAAGAAAUAUACCCACGUCAAAUUUACGGAAUGGGCCGCCAAGUAUGGCGGGUUAUACAUGCUGAAGAUCGGGAAUGGCAACAUGGCCGUCAUCACCGAUCGCCGACUGGUCAAAGAAGUCGUCGAUCGCAAGAGCGGCAUCUACAGCCAUCGCCCUCAUUCCUUUGUAUCGCACGAACUCAUCACCCAAGGUAAUCAUCUGCUAGUCAUGCACUAUGGCGACCAGUGGCGCACAUUUCGACGAUUGAUUCACCAACAUCUGAUGGAGUCUAUGGUCGACAGCCACCAUCUCGAGAUAGUCAACGCUGAAGCUAUCCAGCUUGUGCAUGACUACCAAGUCGACCCCGAGCACCAUAUGUCCCACCCCAAGCGAUUCAGUAACAGUAUCACCAACUCGAUUGUAUUCGGAAUCCGGACGGCUAGCAAGGAUGGAUCGAACAUGCGACGCCUUUACAAACUCAUGGAGGAAUGGUCUGAGGUAAUGGAAACCGGCGCAACACCCCCAGUAGACCUAUUUCCCUGGAUGAAAUUGCUGCCACAAUGGCUAUUCAACAACUACAUUAGCCGAGCCAAGGCCAUUGGCGUACAGAUGGAGACCCUCUAUCAGGACAUUCUGAGCAAGGUGAUCAAGCGACGAGAAGGUGGUCUCAAUCAAGGCACAUUCAUGGAUCACGUCUUGGAUGGCCAAGAAAAAUAUCAUCUUCCACCGCACCAGCUGGCCUUUAUUGGCGGUGUUUUGAUGGAAGGUGGCUCUGACACGAGUUCCAGUCUCACUCUGGCUAUUGUACAAGCCUUGAUUCAAAAUCCCGAGGUCCAACAAAAGGCACAUGCGGAAAUUGAUGCUGUUGUUGGGCAUGGUCGAUCUCCUGUGUGGGCAGAUCUUGAGCGAUUGCCCUAUAUCAAUAUGAUCGUCAAGGAAGGCCAUCGGUGGAGGCCGAUUCUUCCACUUUGUUUCCCACAUGCAUUGGGAGAAGACGACUGGGUCGAUGGCAAGUUCCUCCCCAAAGGCACCACAGUCGUGAUCAACACCUGGGGCCUACACAUGGAUCCCUCUCAGCCCGAUAAUCCAGCCGCUUUCAUCCCAGAGCGUUUCGCCAACCACCCUCAAUUAGCCCCCGAAUAUGCGGCAGGGUCAUGGGAGCGUCGCGACCACUACGGAUACGGAGUAGGACGUCGCAUCUGCCCUGGCAUCCACCUUGCCGAGCGCAACAUGUUCCUGGCCAUUGCGAAACUGGUAUGGGCGUUUGACUUCCAGCCGGGUGAGGGUCUGAUGGAUAGUGAUCCUGUGACUGGGUAUCAUAAUGGCUUCCUUUACUGUGCCAAAGAUUACCCAUGCCAACCUGUUGUGCGCAAUGAAGUUAUUCGGGAUACUAUCCAGAGAGAGUAUGCUACUGCGACCGAGAAUGUUUUUUCCCGGUUUACUGAGGGAUAG